CGCGCCGACUCCACAUAGCCCCGUAGCCCGGUGUCGGUGGCGCACGGUGUUGCUGCUCUCUCGGCUCGGCCGCUUCACACGGACGCACGCGCAAGGGAGGGGAAAGGAAACAAACAAAGCAAAGCAAGGCAAAGCAAAGCAUGAUGGUCGGCGGUCCGUGCGCGCGCAAGUCGGCUCGCCGCUCGCGCUCCGCGCUGAUCGCCGCGCUCACCGUGCUGCUAGUGCAGACGCUCAUCGUGUGGAACUUCAGCAGCCUGGACUCGGGGGACGCCGGGGAGAACGGCGGCGGAGGUGGAGGUGCUGGUGCUGGUGCUGGAGGCGGAGGCGCAGGCAGGGAGAAGAGAGACCGGCUCGGUGUGAACAAAGCCUACGGCGAGUAUCCGAGAGGCAGGAGGCAGCAGCUCGGGAAAGCGACCCUGCGCCACAAGCGGCAAUCGGAUGUCUAUUACUCGCAUCGUCCCAAGGAGAAGGUCCGAGUGGACAGCAACAAUGAGAACUCUGUGCCCAAAGACUUGACGGACGAGAGUCCGGACAACAGUAACUUCAACAAGCGGCAGCCCGAGAAGGCCAAGAGCUCCAACGAGCUCGUCCACUACGGCCAGAACAGCACGGGGGCGGGGCUCCGUCAUGACUCUGUCCUCACGCCACUCCCUCCACGCCAUUACAACCAAAAGGUGAAGAGGUCGGUCAUUGCCACGUCUGAUAUCAAAUAUGACCAGCCGCCCAAAUGCGAGAUCACGGGCAAGGAGGCCAUCUCAGCUCUGUCGCGUGCUAAAACCAAGGAGUGCAGACAGCAGAUCGCUGAGGUGUACUGUCGACACAAAGACAAGCAGCUCAUGCCUGAGAAAGUCACUCGCUACUGCCCCCUAGAGGGUAAGGCGAGUGUGAACGUGCACUGGGAGGAAGACUCCAUGGAGACAGUGCCGGCCGUACCUGUGCGUAUUGCCUUCGUGCUGGUGGUCCAUGGCCGAGCCUCACGCCAAGUACAGCGUCUCUUCAAGGCCAUUUACCACACCUCACACUUCUACUACAUCCACGUUGACCAGCGCUCGGACUACCUCCACAGGCAGAUGCUAGCGCUGGCUAAGCGCUACCCGAACGUCCGUGUGACGACCUGGCGCAUGGCGACGAUCUGGGGCGGAGCCAGUCUUCUCAGCAUGUACCUGCAAAGCAUGAAGGACCUGCUGGCUAUGAGCCACUGGCCCUGGGACUUCUUCAUCAACCUGAGUGCUGCCGACUACCCCAUCAGGACUAAUGAUCAGCUGGUGGCUUUCCUUUCCAAGUACCGCAACAUGAACUUCAUCAAGUCUCACGGGAGAGAUAACGCUCGAUUCAUUAGAAAGCAGGGUCUAGACCGGCUCUUCUUCGAGUGUGAUACACACAUGUGGCGUCUGGGGGACAGGAAGAUUCCAGAAGGCAUCACUGUGGACGGAGGCUCUGAUUGGUUCCUGCUGAACCGCGCCUUCGUGGAGUAUGUCAUCAAGACCGAUGACGACAUGGUGACCAGCAUGAAGCGCUUCUAUGCUUACACUCUCCUGCCAGCCGAGUCGUUUUUCCACACGGUGUUGGAGAACAGUCCUCACUGCGAGAGCAUGGUGGACAACAACCUGCGCAUCACUAACUGGAAUAGGAAACUGGGCUGCAAGUGCCAGUAUAAGCACAUUGUGGACUGGUGUGGCUGCUCCCCCAAUGACUUCAAACCCUCUGACCUGCCCCGCUUCCAGCAAACGGCUCGGCCCACGUUCUUUGCGCGCAAGUUUGAGGCCAGCGUGAAUCAGGAGAUCGUGAAUCAGCUGGAUGCCUUCCUGUUUGGAAGUUACCCUCUAGGCACACCAGGUCUUAAAGCCUACUGGGAGAACAUUUAUGAUGAGCCUGAUGGUGUCCACAGCCUGAGUGAUUCCCUUCUCACCCACUACCACUCCUUCGCCCGCCUCGGCCUGGCACGAGCCGCCAACUCACUGCAGGGAGACGCCAACGACAACCGUUGUAGGUACUUUGCCAUGGGACAUCCUGUGGCUGUCCAUAGCUACUUCCUAUUUGAUGAGUUCCAGGGUUACCUGGUGAAGCAUCAAGCCACUAAUCUAGCUACCAGCAAGCUGGAAACUCUGGAGACCUGGGUGAUGCCUAAGAAGUUCUUCAAAUUCACCAACCCACCAAGCAAUUCCAUCAGACUGCAGUUUGCCGAGAUCGGGACAGACUGGGAUGCUAAGGAGAGAAUCUUCCGCAAUUUUGGUAAUCUUAUGGGGCCUCUGGACGAGCCAGUGGGGAUGCAGAAGUGGGCCAAAGGGUCCAACGUGACAGUGACGGUGGUGUGGAUUGACCCCACUAAUGUGAUCGCUGCCACCUACGACGUCUUGAUAGACUCCACUGCCGAGUUCACACACUACAGGCCUCCGCUGAACACACCACUGCGGCCCGGCAUGUGGACCGUCCGUGUGCUGCACCACUGGAACCCCGUGGCCGAGACACGCUUCCUCGUCACACCGCUUACACACCAUAAACACCUGCCCAUCCGCCAAGAUGACGCCUUGAAAGUGCACAACGGCCCAAAAAAGAACAGCUACAUGGAUCAGAGCUUCCACGGGCUGAACCCGAUCCUGAACAUCCCGGUGCAUUUGGGCCAGGUGGAGGAGGCGGAGCAUAAUGCUGGGCUGACGGGUAUGAGGUUGGAGCGCUGGGUGGACGGCCUCGUUGGCGGGGUGUGGCAAGCUGUGGACAUUUGCUCAGCGACGCCCUCUGGCUGCCCUGUCCUGCAAUCGUGCAGAGACACGGCAUGGAGCUCGCUCAGCCCCGAUCCCAAAUCACAGCUUGGGCCUCCCAAAGCUAAUGGCACCAUAAGGUAGCAGGAACGCUACCCAUGCCCUGCAUAUCCUGCUGCAUCGCCAUCGUUUUGCUGUUGAUAUUUUUUGUUAUUUAUUUCUUUCAAAAUUGCUCAGAUAAAUCUGAGCCGUACGGCCCUAGUCGGGUGAGGGGUGAGACAGCGAACCCUGAGGAAUUUAUCAGUUUCAGACUCAGUCAUAUGAGUGCAAUUGAGCUUGGUUUUUUUUUUAUUUAUUAAUUUUGAGAAUUUAAUUAACUGUGAUUGAAAUUUUUGUUAAACUUGAUCCAAAAAAAAAGAAAAGAAAAUUAAGAUGCCUUUCGCAUGGACUUUGCUGGGGACAUUUGCAAGCACAGAACGGACCUCAAUAUAGGUACUGUGACCAAAAGGGAUGCAUUUAGAAUAAGCCUUUUUAUCUAUGGCAACACAGGUAUCCACACACACACACACACACACACACACACAUAUUAUACCAACAGUCUCGGUGCAGAUGUAUCCACUAAAUGCUAAACUGCGGCAUUAAAGGCUAUGAGAUGGGAGUCUCCAGCUGCUCACAGUCGGUAAGGCACUUUGCCCCCAGCCACAGUGGCCCUUUGUGGGCUGGUCUAUAGGAGUAAGCCUUGAGUUAAUUGCCAAGUAUAGUUAAGCUGGGCCACACUCCACAUUUCCACGAAUGCAGGAGCCUAAAGCAGAAUGUGUGUGGGAAGGUUCUUGGAACUGCCAGGCUGUCUGUCUCUCUCUCUCUAUCUGUCUGUCUCUAUCUAUCUCUCUCUCCUGGCUUUUUCGAACUCUUGACUCUACAGCUUGCCUUGCCUGCAGGCUGCCUGACUUGAAAUGGAAAGUGUCAGCUGUGCUGGCACACAAAGGGAGAAAAAAAAAAUAUAAUAAAAAAUUAUUUUAUUCUUUUUACUUUA